AUGUCAAAAAAACUAUUAUUUGAUCAAUUUCUUUUAGUAUCAUUAAAGGAAGACAAAGAUGGAGCAAAUGGUAAUUCAACAAUUAUACCAUAUGUAAAAGAUGUAUAUCCACCAGAUAGUGUCGAUCCAAAUGUACCAUUGUUUUGUUUUCCCGAAGAGAUAGAUAGGUCAUAUAUUCAAUUCAAUGGAAAUAAAUUAGCUGACAGUAUGUUUACAUUUGUAUUAACAGAUCGUGAAGGUAGACAACAAUUUGGAUUUACAAAGAGAAUAAUCACAUCAACCAAUGGAAAUAAGAUAUUGGAAUGUCUUUGUAUUAUUAGUCAUCAUGCUUGGUCAAGCACAUUUGGUUCAAUGCUGGAAAUUUUAGAAACUAGAUAUAGAGUUUCAAUAGAGGAGAUUCAUAACUUUUUAGCAGCAUCCUUAUUAUCUGUAAUACCGGCACCUGGUGAUUCUUUCACAGUUUAUAUUUAUGACAAUCCAUUCCUUUCAGCAAAAUCAUCCAAUUUACCUGUAUCCUACACAUUAAAAAGACCUGUAUCAACUGAUAAAUCAUCUUUACAUGAUGGAACUUUACAACCAUUAAUUGAAACAUUAAGCUCACAGAAAAUAUUAUAUUUAUUUAUUUCACUAUUAUUUGAAAGAAGGGUUAUUAUAUACUCUGAAAAUAUUACAAGGGUUAGCAAGUUUAUCAAUGCAAUUGUAUCACUAUUGGAUCCAUUUUCGUGGCAACAUAUUUUUAUUCCAAUUUUACCAAGAACAUUAUUGGACUAUUGUACAGCACCAAUGCCUUUUAUUAUUGGUAUUCAUUCUUCAUUAUUUGCCCCAAUUAGAAGGAAACCAUUAAAUGAAAUUGUAUUUGUUGAUUUAGAUAAAGACUCAGUUUUACCAUUACCUGAGGAUAUUGCAAUUUUUCCAGCAGUUUUAUUACAACCAUUAAAGCAAUGUUUGGAUAUACAAAUGAUGGAUUGGAAAAAAAAUAAACAUUAUGAUAAUAGAAAUAUUGUUGAUACUUUUAGAAGAUUUUUUGUUACAAUUCUAGGUACCUAUAGAAGAUUCUUUUUAAAGGAUAUGGAUAAAAAGAAAAUGAUUUUUGAUAAGGUUUCAUUUAUUGAUUCACAACUAAUAACCCCAACCAAAUUUUUUACUGUAUUUUGUGCAUCACAAAUGUUUGAAAGAUUUAUAGCAGAAAGAGAAGAAUAUUACUUUCAAGGUGUUACACCACCAGGUGUAUUUGAAAAGGAUGUUAUUAUUUAUGAUUUAAAACAUCCAGUUACUGCAUCAAUUAAUAAUACUUUAAGAAAUAAAGAAAAAGAAAAGGAAAAAGAAAAGGAAAGAGAAAAACAAUUAAAACAACAACAAUUAAAAGAAAAACAAGAAAGAUUAGAAAGACAACAACAAUUAUUACAACAACAUCAACAAUCAUUAACUGUUGUUAAAUCCCCUGUAAAUUCAGCUGUAAAUAGUAGUAAAUUUAAUGGUAGUGUUGAUAGAUCUUUCCUGGCUUCGUUAAUGGGUAUAAAUAAUAAUAAUAAUAAUCAACAACAGCCAUCUCAGCCAUCGCAACAACAACCACAACAGCCAAUUAAUAAGGCCAAAACCGUCACAAUUGCUGAUUUACAAAAGCAACAACAACCACCACAAUCACCACAGCAUUCAAACUUACUUACAACGGCAUUAAGUGUUCAAAAAUCAAAUUUAGCAUCAUUAGCCAAUGGUAUACUGAAUGCAGCAUCAAUUACAAAGAGUCAAUCAUCAUCAUUUACUUUAGGUAGUCCUUCGAUGAAUAGCGAUAAUAAUAAGUCAACUUUAAAAACUUCAGUAUCCCACCAUAAAUCAUUAUCAGAUUUGGCAAAUAAUAAUAACCCAGUUCAACAAUUUUCACAACAAUUACAACAACAACAACAACAACAUAAUCAAACAACAUCUUCAAAUCUUAAUAGUAGCAAUAGUGCAUUAAAUACAGUCGAAAGAAAAUUAAUUCAACAAAGCGAAUCAGUAUCAAAAUUACCAUCAUUAGUAUUAAAUGGUUUAACAAAGAGUAGAUCAUCAUCAUCAGCAGCAUCAACUGGUAUGAGUAAUAGUGCUAGUGGAGUUUUAAAAAGCGCAAGACCAUUACGUUCAUUUAUACCAAUGAAAUCAGUUCCAUUUAAUUUGUUGCAUCAAAAAUUCUCACCUGAAGAUAAGCAUCGUUUGGUUGUUGAAGACCUUUACGAGUUUUUAUACCCUCAAUCACCAACAGUUCCACAUAAAAUUAUAAUUUCACAACCAACCAACGGCAGAAAAGAAGGCACCUAUUCCUCCCCAAGUGUACCAACUUGUAAACCAUCAUCAAUUACAAUUACAAAUGCUUCAAUGUUAACACUCAAUAAUCAAAACUAUAUACCAACAAAUUCAGAAUUUGAAGCUCUUAAAAAAUCAAUGUCUGUUGACAAAAAUCUAUUUAAAAUACCAGAAGCACCAAAUCAAUUUUCAAUCCCACUUCCAAUUUCGAAGAAAUCGAGUUUAAAUAACUCGAACAAUAGUUUAAAUAAUAGCAGUGGAAGUUUAAAUAAUUCAGGUAGCAAUAUAAUUAAUAAUAACCUUGAUAAUAGUAAUGGAUUAAAAAUUAUGCCACCUCCAGCAUCCCCAAAUCCAGUUUCCCACCAUCAACAUUUACCACAUCUUCACCAUCACAGAGGACAUCAUAGAUCAUAUUCGACAGCAAACCCAAUCGUUAGAACAUCUAGCUUAUUAGGUUCAUCAUUUGAUCCAAACCAAAGUAGUAACGAUACUACUAAUCAUAGCGAAUUUCCACAAGCAACUCCAUCACAAGUUCAAGAAGUUUUAAAUACAAACCUUAAACACUCAACCUCAUUACCAAAAGUUUCACAUCCAGUUAAAUUGUCAGAAUCAUCAAAUAAUCCCUUACCAAACUUUAUAACCAGCAAUACACCAAAUGAAAGCUCAAAUAACACAAUUAACUCCACCGAUUAUUUUAACCCACUUCCUCCACUUUCCUCAACUAUUGGCAGUGUCUCAUCAGCAAUUAAUGUUAGUGGUUCAUCACCAAUGCCCCCUAUUAUUUCUACUCCAACCGGUUCAAUAACUAAUAGCAAUAACAAUACUGCCUCAAGUGGCAGCAGCUUCUUUUCAAACAAUCCAUUAGAAACCCAUAUUGCAACCUCACCACUACCAGCACCAACAGCAACAGCAGAAAAAAGUUCAAGUGGUAGUAAAUUUUUUAGUGAUGGUUGGCCAUUAGGUGAACCAACUUUAACUCCACAAAUUAAUCAAGAUAUACAACAACAAUUAAACCAACAACAAAGUCAAUUACCAGCAAUGGUAAACCAAUCUGGUGAAUUUUUUUCACCAUUUGUAUCUCAUGUAACAUCACAAUCACCAGCCCCAACUCAACAAAAUAUUAAUAAUAACAACAAUAAUAAUAUUAAUAUUAACAACAGUAGUAAUAACAUAACAAACAAUACAAACACUAGUACAUGCAGUAGCUUUUCUUCAACAAGCUCGGUUUUACCACCUUUAUUAAACAGCUCUAGUAUAAUACCACCACCAUCAUAUCACUCUUCAAACUUUUUUGACCAAUCUCCACUUUCACAAUCAAAUAAUUUUAAUGAUUUUGGACCACCAACUCCCUCCUAUCAUAUAAAUUCCUCAACAAGUAAUCCUGGUACUUUUAUUCAACAACAAAAUAACAACUCCAGUAAUAAUAACCCCCUACCACCAUUGAAUACAAGUGUUAACAAUAUCAACCAAUCAUCAAACAAAACCGUAAUUAAUGAAAAUGAUUUAGACGAAUUCGAUUUAUUUGUAUCUUUAAGAAACAAAAAUAAAAAUUAA